AUGAAAUAAAAAGUAAAGGAGAUUAUCAAGUAUUUGAAAGAAUUCUAAAUCCCUGCUAUUUCAAGUGAAUUUGCUCUGAGUGAGGCCGAAAGAGCUAACCUUUAUUUUUACUUAACAUCUCAGGAAAUGGAAAGUUAAAAAUAAUAAAUAGAGGAGAAAUUGCCCGAAGAAAUCAAAUUAAAAAAAGUGAAAAUAUAUUAAGUCUAUGAUUCAAUUGAUGCUAUCCAAAAUUUCAAUUCUUUUGAUUUUAAACAGGAGGAACGAAACAUUAAGGAAAAUGAGAUCUAAAUAAUAUCCAAUAGAGAUCAGAAUAUCAAGUUUAAUUCCUUGAAUGAAAUCAAAUAAUUCUUGAAACAAUACUAUGAUCAAAAGUAAAACUAAAUUUAAAGUGAUGAAAUCUAAUAAAUAGAUAGAUAACUGAUUAUAUAAAGUCUGAAUAUUUAAUUUUAAGAACCAAAUUGUGAUAUCCAAUCAAUAAUAGAUAUCUUUUUGAGUAUUCUUUAUAAAGAAAUCGAAUAGAAUUAUCAAAAAAGAUAUGAUUAUUAUUUAGAUACAUUUUGUAUGUUGAUUAAAUAAAAAAUUUCAUUUUUGAUGUCUAAUUUAAGUACUUAAAAUAUAACUGAGAAACUAAUAAACUCUGUUCCUUAAUUUAGAGUCUCUUUGAUAGAGUUAGUAAAGGAAUUCACUGAAUAAGCACUUCUGAAGUAAAACGAGAAGAUAGAUUUAGUAUUUAAAUUUUUAAAUGAAGAUCAUCCAUUGUAAUUUGAAAGUUUCAGAUUAUUAUUGAAAAUUAAUCAUUCAACAAUUUUAGAAUUUGUUAAAUAAGCAAAUCCUUUGAUAUUUAACAAAAAGAAGCCAGAAAUCAAAGAUUUCAUAUUUGAGGAAACCCAAUAAAAAAUAAAUUAGUUAUCUACAAUGAAUGAUUGCCAAUAAUAAUUAACAUUCAUGUUCUAUAUAGGAAUUUGUUAAUAAAAUCAUAAUCAUCAUUGUAAGAUUCUAGCCAAGUUAUUGCAAGAUUGUCAAUAAAACUACCCUUAACAUCUUGAUGCCAUAUACGCCAAUUUGUUGAAGAUAAAAAAUAACAGUAACAUGGGUGUUAAAUAGAUCAUCGAAUUCAUAGGUUUGAGUGUAAAUAACCCUGAUGCGUUGCACUAGAAGUUCUUGGAUUUGUUUGUGGAAUUUGCUUUAGAAUAUCCAAAGUCAGAAGAGUUUGCUUUUGACAUGUUUAGAGUUUACUUGUAUCGUUAUUUUACACAAUAGAUAGAGGGGGAUUCAAAUAUCAUAAACUAGAUUAUUUCAUAGACCUUCGAUUAAUUGAAAAUAGAUUUUAUGAUGAAGACUAUUGAAAAGGUCCCAACAGAGAGGCUGACUCAAAUGAUAUUAAGAAGAUCCAAUUUUGAUCUAUAUCAUUAUAUAUUAAAGGAUGAGAGCAAGGCUUUGGCAGUUUUUCUGAUAAAGUUGUUUUUAUAGAAGGAUUAACAAUAAUUAAAAAACAAUAAAUACGAGUUAUUGAAGUUGUUUCAAGAAUAAGUUUGUGAAUACGAACAUACGAAGGAUAUUCUGAACUUUUUGUUCUAAGAGCAAAACAAAUCCUACAAUGGAUUGAUAACUACUUUUAUCAUGAAUUGUCUAAAGAGGAAGAAGCCAAAUAACAUGUAAGAGGAAAUUAAGUUUAUUUUAUCUAAGAGUUUUUAUUAUGAGGAUGAGACUAUCAUCAAAAGUGUGGAGUUUUACAGAUAAAUGUAUCCAGACUAGUAUUAAUAAUUACUUGAUGAUUAAACUAGACUUCGAUUAAGGGACAAAAGAUUAUUAUGA